CCCAAAGAUAGUUUCAACUCCAAAUAAAUAUGGCUUCUGAAAUCUCCCAACAGCAUCAACUUCAUGUCUUCAUUUUUCCUGUUACAGCUCAAGGUCAUAUAAUUCCGAUGAUCAAUAUUGCAAGAUUAUUUGCUGCUCGUGGUGUUAAAACUACAAUUAUUAGUACACCUAUUAACGCAAUAACCCUCUCGAAAACUAUCGAUCAAGAUAAAUUAUCUGGUCUAGAUAUCAAUAUUCAGACAAUUCCAUUCCCUGCAGUUGAGGUCGGGUUGCCGGAAGGAACAGAAAGUGUUACCCAACUCGCUUCACCUGACAUGAUGCCUAAAUUCUUUUUGGCUGUCGGCAUGCUCCAACAGCCAUUCGAGAAACUCUUAGAAGAAUAUCGCCCAGAUUUUGUUGUUGCUGAUAUGUUCUUAGCUUGGACAACUGAGGCAGCGGCAAAAUUUGGCAUUCCUCGGUUGAUCUUUCAUGGAACAAACAUAUUUUCUCAGUGUGUAGCAGAGAGUUUAAGAAUUAACAAACCAUUUGAGAGCAUUAUAAAUGAUGAAGAAUCUUUUUUGGUCCCCGGUCUGCCAGACAACAUAGAGAUGACCCUGUCUCAAGUGCCUGAACAUAUUAAAAAAGAAACUGAUUCCUUGUUUUGUGUAGUAGCGGAGAAAAUCAGAAUAUCGGAGCAGAAAAGCUACGGAGUUCUGGUGAACAGCUUCUACGAGCUGGAGUCAGCAUAUGCUGACCAUUACAAGAAUUCUGUGGGAAUAAGAGCAUGGCAAAUUGGUCCUGUUUCGCUUCGCAACAAUGAUACAUUAGAUAAGGCUGAAAGGGGAAAGGAAUCAUCUAUUGAAGAACAUAGUGUUUUGAAAUGGCUCGACUCCAAGAAACCGAACUCAGUUAUUUAUGUGUCCUUCGGAAGUAUGUCUAAAAUCCCUAAUGAUCAAUUGACUGAAAUAGCUACCGGUCUUGAAGAAUCAGGAUGCUCAUUUAUCUGGGUUGUGAGGAAAAUGAUGACCGACAAGGAAGAAAAAUUCCUACCCGAAGGCUUUGAAGAGCGAAUGGAAGGGAAUGGUUUGAUAAUUAGAGAAUGGGCACCGCAGGUGCUCAUCCUCGACCAUCCUGCGGUUGGCGGAUUUAUGACUCAUUGUGGGUGGAAUUCUAUUUUGGAAAGCAUAACUGCAGGUGUUCCUAUGAUUACCUGGCCUAUGUUUGCAGAACAAUUCUAUAAUGAGAAGUUUGUUACUCAAGUGUUGAAAAUUGGAAACACAGUAGGAGCUGAGGAAUGGAAAGAAUGGGUUGAAACAACAAAUGUCUCCGUGAUUAAGGAGGAGAAAAUAUCUAAAGCAGUCACUCAGCUAAUGAAUGAUGAUGGAGAAGAAAACAAGGAGAUGCGAAAACGAGUGAUUGAACUUAGUGAAAAGGCGAAAAGAGCUGUAAAAGAAGAUGGGUCAUCUAAUGUCCAAUUAACUGCUUUGAUUGAGGAAUUGAAAAUGUCUAAGAAGCAAAACAUCAACAUUGACAAGGAAUUAGAUUUCAUUGGAUAUUGAUGUGAUGAAUGAAUUUCUGUAAAUCGAUUUGGUCAGCCUGGCUCAGUUGUUCUAUGGUCCUUUUUAUUUAAGCAAAACUAUCUAUUUGGUCUAAAAAUUGCAUCUUGCAGUAAGAAUCAAUACCUGAAAAGGUGCACUUCCCCUUUGUAGUCAGCUACAGCUUUUUCUCUCACUCCAUCCUUGUCAAUAUCAAAUAAGAGAUGCAGAUUUGAUUGAUGAAA